CCUCCUCCCUGAAUGCGUGCUCCCGCGGUCAGGACUCAGGCGACGAUAAACAUGGCCGCUCUCAGCAAGUCCAUACCGCACAGCUGCUAUGAGAUUGGACACACAUGGAGUACCUCAUGUACGACUUCCACCAUGCAGGUGACAGCCGGAGCUCUGGAGGUCUCCUUCAAGAUAUAUGCACCUCUGUAUUUGAUCGCAGCCAUUUUAAGAAGAAGAAAGAAGGAUUAUUACACGAAAAGGCUGGUUCCUGAGAUCCUUCAGUCCACAUCUUUCCUGACCGCAAAUGGAGGCCUAUACAUCGCAUUCUUCUGCAUUCUUCGGAGGCUUUUGGGACGUUUUUACUCCUGGUCAGCUGGUUUUGGGGCGGCACUGCCUGCCUCAUACAUCGCCAUACUAAUAGAGCGUAAAAGCAGGAGAGGACUUCUAACAAUUUAUAUGGCAAACCUGGCAACGGAGACAAUUUUUCGGAUGGCUGUCACACGAGGUCUUGUUAAGCCCAUGAAGCAUGGAGAGAUUCUUCUCUUCUGCUUGACCGCAUCUCUCUACAUGUUUUUCUUCAGAUGUAAGGAUGGUCUGAAUGGUUUUGCUUUCUCUGCCUUAAAAUUUAUAGUUGGCAAGGAGGAGAUUCCUACACACUCUUGCCUGCCUGAGCACACAUACCCACAAGGCUCAGAGAGAUCGACAACGCCGCUGGAUGAGAGACGAGAACCCACACCUGCCUCUAGGGGGAGCUGCAUCGGAGCACUCGCACGCAAACUGCUAGACUCUGUAUGCAAACAUGGACCGAGACAUAGAUGUUGCAAACACUAUCAGGACAACUGCAUCUCCUACUGUGUUAAAGGUUUCAUCCGGAUGUUCAGCGUGGGUUAUCUUAUUCAAUGCUGUUUGAAGGUUCCGUCGACGUUCAGACACGUCUUCACGAAACCUUCUCGACUGCUCUCGCUGCUAUACAACAAAGAGAACUUCCAGCUAGGUGCUUUCCUGGGAUCUUUCGUCAGUAUAUACAAGGGCACAAGCUGUUUACUCAGAUGGAUGCGGAACCUGGACGAUGAGCUCCACGCUCUCAUCGCAGGUUUUCUCGCCGGCACCUCGAUGUUCUUCUACAAGAGCACCUCUAUCUCCAUGUACCUCUUUUCCAAACUUGUGGAGACAUUGUAUUUCAAAGGGAUCGAGGCAGGCAAGUUUCCCUACUUCCCUGAAGCUGACACGAUAAUCUAUGCCAUCUCCACCGCCAUCUGUUUCCAAGCGGCUGUUAUGGAAAUGCAAAAUCUGAGACCAUCGUACUGGAAGUUUCUACUGCGGUUGACAAAGGGCAGGUUUGCUCUGAUGAACAGAAAAGUGCUCGAUACUUUUGGGACCCAAGCUUCCAGAAACUUCCGUGACUUCACGCCUAAACUUGAUCCCAGAUAUGUUGUGUGUCCCGUGGACAUGGACGUAUAGCUGGGCUGACAGACAAGAUGAGAUGUCUUUCCAUAGACCAAGAUUUACACAAAAACACAGAAAGCUCUCUUUCUCGAUCUUGCACAAGAUCCCCCUUUAUAACAUUCUCUCGCCUCACAAAUGUUAUUAAAUGUGAAUUAUAAGUGUAAAGGCGGUUAUAUGUUUACUUUAAUGAUGUAAAUCUCAGACAUUUUGUAAUGUAAUUAUCACUGGCAGGAUGUGACAUAUGUGUGUGCACAACAUCAGUUUAAGAUCAGUCGAAGAUGAUUUGACCUUCAUAGGAGAAUGCUUUGUGGUUACUUGAUAGACUCUAGAUGGGAUCUUACCUGUAAGAUAAUUUAACCAUUAGGCUUCCAAAACUAAAAAAUGGGUUUGUUUUUUUAACAGCUGUCUAAUACCUCAGAAGACUGGGACGCUGUAUUCAUUUCAAACCCUUAUGUUUGGUUACCAAAAAAGGUAAUUAAUUUCUACAUCUGCCAUAGUCAGAGUAUGCGGGUUAAGCCAUGCCAUGUGAACAGAUCUUACUGACAUCAUUGUUGUGUGUGAUCUCUUUUUAAGUAUACAGUAGCACUAUAGUAAAGUUUACUCUAUGGCCCGGUUUCACAGACACUGCUUAGCUUAAACCAGGAUUACGCCUAGUUGAAUUAAGAUAUUUACGUCGCUUUUUAAAAAAUGCCUUAAAAGAGUACAUUACUGGUCUACAAAACAAUGGCACUGAUAUAUUUGAAGAUAUUUCUGGGCAAGUUAUAUUCAGUUAAGACAGGACACACAUUCAUUUUAGUCUAGGACUAGCCUUAAGCCUUGUCUGUGAAACCGGGCCUAUAAGUAUAGGCUUAGUAGGAAAAGAAAAAGGUAAUUGGUAUAAAACUUAACUCUUGUUAUCCACCUUUUAUUGUAGACCUAAUAUUCAGAAAUUCUUUUUGGGGCAGAAAGCAGAUUAACACUCAUUGUAAUGGCCUUUGGCCUUCGUUCUCAGUAGCAGAACUUAUUUUUUUAAUUGGCAAUAAUAAUAUGGAAAAUCUGACAAUAUAAUCAGAGUAUUGCUGUGUAUUUGAAAAUGUAAUUUAUGUAAAAAGAAAAAGCUGUGUGUCUUUGUUCAUAUAAAGGCAAAAGCUUUAUAUUAAAAAAAUGAGGCAAAUAUGUGUCACAUGUUUCUGGUAAUUCAUGAAUUCUCGCCUUCAUGCUAAAUAAAGUCAAAUAAAAGUG